ACCGCUGGAGCAAAGCUUUAGCAGCUUUCUCACCAUUGGGACGGCACGCUGCUGGUUUCUUACUAGCUGUCCCUGAUGCUAACAUGCAGGUGUUGAAGUGCUAUCUGUGCACAUGCUAAAGAGCAGAAGUGGAAAUAUCAGAACACUUUGCUUAAUUUCCUUCCUGUUGUGUGAGCUGACUCUCUCGCCUCAUUUGCAUUUCUGGAGUGUUGAGGUUUAGCAACAGAUUCUGUUUCCCCGUGGCCGGCUGCUCAGUCCCAGGCUUGAUGGCCAGGGUCAUUGUCAAAUCGCCAGCCGCCACUGGAGCCAUCGCUUGGGGCUUUCCAAUAGCUGCUUGAAAACCUUAGAGGGAAAGUCCGGGACUUCCAUCUGACCUUGUAGCGUUUCUCUUUGUAAACCAGCAUUACUGGUCUCUCGCUCAGCAUUCCGAAUGGUUUCACUCAGGCCAGACUCAGUGCCAUUCAGCUGGCAGGAACGUUUAAUAUUUAACUGCUAACCUUCAGGAUCCACAUUGCCUGCUAACAGUGACCCCCGGCAGAUUGGACACUCGGAAUUAGACCAAUGGGGAUGCGGGGAAGGGAGCUGAGGUGCAGAUUGCUGCAGAACACCACUGUGAUAAUCGGCUCUGUCGCUUUGAUUUACUCGGUUUGUAGCCCGAGCUGGUAUCAGAAUAAGGGGCUGUGGUACAUGCCGGAUGUUACGAAUUCAUCUACUUCUGAACGGACUGAAUUUCACCACCCGCUUAGCCGAGCAGUGGAGGCAGAACGUGUAUUUGGGGUGAUUGCAACUAUGAUGGCAAUCACAGCCAUCUGUAUCGCAUUACUGCUCAUCUGUUGCUGGAACCCAGAUACCUACAUUGAAUCCAAAAUGAAUCCUGGGCGGAUACUGUAUCCCGGAAAAUUGUUGAUUGUAAUUCUGGUCCCAACUGCUCUACUAUAUUUCAUUGCAUGGUCUUUGUUCACCAACCGUCACAUGGAACAAAUGAAGAAUGAUAUCACACAAUUUGGCUCUGCGUACUGGAUGGGAAUGUGUGCUUGGUUCACACUGCUAGUUAUUUUACCAAUUAUUUAUUUGAUGGAGCAGUGCUCACAUCAAGAACCUGAUAUAUCAAUAUGAACAGGAACUCAACAUUUUAGGAGUAUGUUUCAAUAUGAGAAUCAUGAGAACCUGUAUAAAGUCAUUCCAACUUCUUACAACCACCAGACUGGGAAUACCAAGACUAUCUUCACGUAUAGUUCAGUCGGGAGAUUGAAUUUGAAACACAGUCUCCUUUAGGAACUGCAGAAGUAAUACCUGGACAGGAUUUUGAAAAUUAUUCUUGAGGACUCUUUGAGAGCUACUUAUUGACUUUGGGGGGCCGAUUUCUUUUGAUUUCCAGGGUCUACAUUUUUCAUU